GAAAUGUUUCAAUCCGCAAAGGACGAGAAAAGUCGUCGUCAUAUAUCACCGAAACAUAGUAGAAGAAGAGAGCGUUCUGUUUCUUCCCGAAGAGACUCUACAGUUUAUUCGAAACGCAGCAGAAAACAUUUUCGUUCCGAACUUGUUGAAGAGACUACUUCUCGGAAGACAAAGGCAGACUAUAUUGAAACCCUUGAUAGUCCACAAAGCGGUGGCAAUUUAGAACAUUCUUCUUCUUCGUUUCCCUAUAAAAGUCAAUCUUUGGGGAAACAAGUUUUUUCUAAUGACACACAGCUGAAAAAGACGAAGCGGGAACCCAUCUCUUUGGAGGAUAUUAUGAAGAAGAAGAGAGAAGAAGAAGAAGAAGCACAAAAGCCUCGUUUUAUCUCUAAAAGUGAACGAGAAAGACAAGCCUUGGAAAAACUUUAUGAAAGGAGGAAGGCAGUAGAUCCUAUGAAGGUGGAAAGUACACAAUUUCAUAGCAACUCUUUAUCAAAGGGCAUCCCGAGACCUCCUGUAGAUGUACAAAGAGAAAGAAAUCAGAAACAGAGUGACACUAGUCGGGAGAAUGAUGAAGAGUCACAUCGUCUUAAGGAACUUCUUAGAAAACACUAUAUGAAAGAGAAGGAUACAAAGUCACGACUAACAAAGCCUAGCGAAAGAUUCCGUUUUCGUUUCGAAUGGGACAACUCGGAAGAUACUUUGAACACUGAAGAGUACGCUGAGCUUUCCUCCUUUGUUGAAGUUCCACUCCUUUUUGGGAGAGGACAUCGUGGAGGAAUGGAUCCUGCCUCCACGCCCUCAAAGGCUCCUUCGAAACGUGUCACUAGACCGAAAGUUUCUGAUAUGGAGGGAGUACCGGAUAGUAGACUGGAUAUGACUCUUGAAGAUCCUGUUCACCAUCGACACAAAAAAGACAUGAGACACUGGUCGGAAAAACCAAAAGAAGAAAUGACGGAGCGUGACUGGAGAAUCUUUCGCGAGGAUCAUAGCAUAGCUUAUCGUGGUGGAAAAGCUCCUUUUCCAGCUCGAAAUUGGGAGGAGACUGGUUUACCUCGCGUUCUUUUGGAUUCUGUUCGAUAUAUUGCAAAGUACAAGCAACCGACACCCAUACAAAUGGCUGCUAUUCCAAUAGGCUUAGCAAAGCGUGACAUGAUAGGACUUGCUGAAACAGGAAGUGGCAAAACUGCAGCUUUUGUUCUUCCUAUGUUGGUUUAUAUAAGUCAACGUCCUCCUAUGACAGCUGCAAACGCUGCACAGGGUCCAUAUGCAGUCAUAUUGGCACCUACAAGAGAACUUGCGCAACAAAUUGAGGAAGAAACACGGAAGUUUGCAGAACCUCUAGGUUAUCGAGUCUGUUCGGUUGUUGGAGGAGUUUCCAUAGAGGAACAGGGAAUGAAGCUUAGAGAAGGCGUUGAAAUAGUCAUAGCUACUCCCGGAAGAAUGAUUGAUUGCCUUGAACGAAGAUAUUGCGUUCUCAACCAGUGUGACUAUGUCGUGUUGGAUGAAGCUGAUAGAAUGAUUGAUAUGGGUUUUGAGCCUCAGGUACAAGGAGUUUUGGAUGCUAUGCCUUCUUCUCAUUUGAAACCGGAAGUUGAGGAAUUAAGUGAAGAGUUUAUGGAAGAGUCUUCAAGUAUUCUAUAUCGGCAAACCUUUAUGUUUUCAGCAACCAUGCCACCUGCUGUAGAAAGAUUGGCAAGAAAAUUCUUGCGCAAUCCUAUCAUAGUUGCAGUCGGAGAUAUUGGAAAAGGAGCAGAAUUGGUGCAGCAAAGAGUCGAAUAUGUUCCCAAUGAAACGAAGAAAAAGCUACGUUUCUUUGAAGUUGUUGGAUAUGCGGAUCCACCUAUUUUAGUAUUUCUCAACACGAAGAGAGGUUGUGACACACUGGUUCGUGCAAUAGAAACUGAAAGUGGUUUAGACAUUCGAGCCACGGUUAUACACUCUGGCAAGCCUCAAGAGUUGAGAGAAGAACACUUGGAAGGUUUCAAACAGGGUAAAUAUGAUAUAUUGAUUGCCACUGAUGUCCUAGGAAGAGGAAUAGAUAUCAAAGGGGUCAAUCUUGUAAUCAACUAUGAAAUGCCAAACAAGAUAGAGAAUUAUACGCAUCGAAUAGGUAGAACUGGAAGAGCUGGAAGAGAAGGAUUGGCUAUUUCCUUUGUGACACCCGCAGAUUCAGAAAUUUUUUAUGACUUGAAACUUCAACUAGAAAAAGUUGGAGCAAAAGUUCCACCAGAAAUAGCCAACCAUGAGUCUGUCAAAAGCAAAAGUCAAGGAUUCGGAAUUAUCCGCGAUUAAACCAAGUCCAUGUAUCAACUAC